AGGGCGCGCGCUCCGGGAGCCGCAGUCAGAGCGAGCCGCAGUCAGUCAGAGCCGCAGUCAGUCAGAGCCGCAGUCAGUCAGAGCCGCAGUCAGUCAGAGCCGGUCCGGAUCGAGACCCGCCGGUCCAGUGGAUACCACCUCCCCGGCAACGAGACGCUUCUCCGGGACCAGCUCAAGCAGCAGCUCCUCUUCCUCCUCCUCCUCUUCUUUAUUCUCCUCUGAACGGAUUGUGUCCAACAUGCCGGUGUCCAGGAUGAGGAUGAGACCGUGGAUCGAGCAGCUGAUCGAGUCCGACGCCGUCACGGGCCUCAGCUGGAUGGACCGGGACAAGACAAUGUUCUCCAUCCCCUGGAAACACGCGGCUCGCCACGGCUGGGAGAUGGAGAAGGACGCGGGUCUGUUCAAACAGUGGGCCAUUCACACAGGGAAGCACGUGGAGGGCCAGGAGCCCGACCCCAAGACCUGGAAGGCAAACUUCCGCUGCGCCAUGAACUCGCUGCCCGACAUCAAGGAGGUGAAGGACCGCAGUACCAACAAGGGCCACCAGGCGGCACGCGUCUUCAGGAUGCUGCCCGCCAGCCCCAAGGCCCGAGACAAAAAGUGCAAAGCGAAGCAGACGAAGACGAGGAGGAAGAACUUGACUCUGAAGAUGGAGGAAGACGAGCAGCGCGCGGCUCCGCCCCCCCAGGAGAACACGGUGGACAGCACGGUGCUCGCCGAGCAGCCGGACCUCCCCUUCGAGCCGCAGGCCGAGGUUCCUGACUUCAGUCUGUCGGUGGAGAUCGACUCCAGCAGCUUCUGCCAGAGGUUCGAGGUCUCGCCGCCGCACGGCUCUGAUAUCGACUACUCCGACGACAUGGUCCAGAUUUGCCAGCAGCUGGAGAACGAGUCCCACUGGCUGAUGCUCGGCCUGGAGGCCCCGGGGCCCCUGAGCAGCGAAGCAGGCACCAGCCCGGGCAGCCAUUGGAGCGAGUCGUCCUCAGCCGACGACCUGGAGGAGAGCCUGCAGUACACGACUCUGGGCACAGACACCCACUCCACCACCGGCGCCAUAUGGAAGGACAUCUUCCAGGAGGACCUCCAGCACUAGAGAAGAGAGGAGAGGAGAAGAGAAGAGAGGAGAUGAGGAGAGAGGAGAAGAGAGGAGAUGACAGGAGAGCUUUCUGACACUUUGGACUUUCAGAAAACAGCUGGUCCUACCCCCCCCCCCCCUCCCUGCACACUGAAGACCCGGAGCCUGAGUGACGUCGGUGCGCUGGAGGAACUCACCGUUCUUUCUCCGUGUUUUUGGCUGGUUCAAGGCAUGAGAGACGCUCUGACGCUCUGUGAGAGACACUCUGUGAGUGACGCUCUGUGAGAGACACUCUGACGCUCUGUGAGUGACGCUCUGUGAGAGACACUCUGUCAGUGACGCUCUGUUAGACAUCAUCAUAAUCACACUUACCUGUAAACAGAGAUCCAUAGAGUGGACGUGUAACGUCCCUCUAUCAUGACUCUCUCUCCGUCACGUUUUUAGAGAAAUGUCUUAACUUCUGGUGAAAAGCUUCUAAGUCGUGGAGUUCCAAUGUCGACGUGUAAAGUCUUUUUUUGGUUUGUGUGGUUUUGUAAAAUAAAUCUAAAUGUGAAUGAA